CUAGUAGCGCGCGCAGGCGUGCAAGCGGACCUUACCGCGCGCGGGCGUCUGCUGGUGGCACUGCGCGCGCACGGACCUAGCGAGCUUGGUUUUGCUGUUGCAGGGGCGUCCCCCAAGAAGGUGUUCACUUGCCAGCUGUGCGGUAAGGUGCUGUGCUCAAAGGCGUCCCUGAAGCGGCACAUUGCGGACAAGCACGCCGAACGACAGGAGGAGUACCGAUGCGUCAUAUGCGAGCGGGUGUACUGUUCCCGGAACUCGCUCAUGACGCACAUCUACACGUACCACAAGUCCCGGCCUGGAGACAUCGACAUAAAGUUCUUUUAGCCUCCCCGCUUCCCAGGUAU